GAUCGCCGGACCUCCUUUGAUCCUAUCGCGCCAUAGUUCACGGGUUCAGUCCGUCCCGUCCACCCUGAUCACCUUUUGAUACAAGACGAAUUCAACAACAAGUGAAAGUGUGACAUGACGAGCAAUACCAAUAAGAAUAUCAUAACUAGGAAGAUUGCUUUAAUGGGUUAUCCAUGCGUUGGGAAAUCUUCGAUAACAUUGCGUUUUGUCCAGGGAACCUUUCCAGAUGCUUACGAUACUACUAUAGAAGACCUACACACUAAACCUUAUCGAUGGCUUGGGCGCGACUAUAACUUGAGAAUUACAGACACCGCCGGUCAGCAAGAGUACUCAAUAUUCCCGCGUAGUUGUUCUGUGGAUAUCGAUGGAUUCAUUUUGGUUUACGCUAUCGACGACAAAAAAUCUUUCGAGAUCAUCCAAAUUAUACAUGACAAGAUUAUGGAAACUAUAGGAGACGAUAAGGUGCCCAUUGUCAUUGUUGGCAAUAAGGUGGACCUACAGCACGCCUCUCGUGUGGUAACAAAGGAGGAGGGCGCGAAGUUGGCGCAGAAAUGGAAGUGUGCCUUUAUAGAAACUUCAGCAAAGGACAACACUGCUGUGCAACAGAUUUUCGACAAAAUACUGCAUCAGAUUGAAGUUGCUAGAGGUAAUAUUACCGAACAAACGGGUGGCAAAUGCACGAUUUCCUGAAUUGAAGCUCGUUUUCCACUUUGUUUACUAGUCUUCGUACCAUGUUGAUCCAGCUUGUAUAUAUUACAGAAUUAGUUAUUGCUUACCGAUAAGGUGAUCAAAGUGCUAUUUAUAAACGUUCUUUUCUUUCUGACGCUGCCUUUCUUAAGGCGGCUCAUUUUAUAUGAUGCUUAAAUUUUAUGGACUCUGCAGCGACUUUCUUCGUUUUCACGUUUGUUUGUUUUUGGAACGUUCCGCACUGUACAUAACAUUGUUAAUACCGAUUUGAUUAAAUUU